AUGGGUUACAACUUUUUGGACCACAGGCAACAUUAUGGAGAAAAAACCACCCAGCGCUACAUGAACAAUGAGGAGUCUGGAGAACAUUUACAGAGUGAGAACAGCAAUGACUACGAGUCCUGGUCGUUCAUCUGCGUUACACAUAGGAUAGAACCCUUUCCUGAUUCCGAUCCUCCACCACCACCAAAAGAAGAAGAAGAAGAAGAAGAUGAAGAAGUAGCCACUUCAAUCCUGACUCAUCAAUCAUCAAUCACCAAUCCUAACUCUUCAUCACCUGCUAAGCCUAUUGCUCGUCCUUCUAGACAACCUGAUGAAACAAUUGCUGGUUCUUCUAGACAACGCAGUCUGAGGAGAGAACAGCAGAACAUUUGCAGAGAACAGCAGACGUUUGUUUUGAAUGACAAACGAAAUGACUGGGAGAGAGGAUUAAAAGACAGCGAGAUUGAAAGAAUACUGGUGGACGAAAUACCUUCUGACUCUGAAUCGGUGAUCGAUGAUGACCCUGAUUUUGACCCAAAUGAACAUAUGGAUGGAGUUAUUGCAGAAGAUGAUGCUGAAGACGACCAAGGUGAGCAACAUGGUGAUAUAACAGCUGCAGAAGAUGAACAACAAGCUGACUUGGCGGCUGAAGGCUUGUCUCAGCAUAUCAAGCAUUGUCAUCCUGCGCGAAGAAAUAAAAUGAUACUAAUUGAGGCAGCCAAGAAAAGACCUCCUGGUAAACCAAAUUCCUGGACAGAGGAUGAAGCGCAGUACCUUAAAGAUUAUCUUGCUAAAAAGGGAAACCCCAAGAGCUACUCAAUUGCUGUCGCUAAUGCUAUGAAAACCAAGACAGCCCAGCAGUAUAGUGCACUCAAAGAAGAAUCCUCCAAACCACCUGAGUGGAUUCUAUCAGAAGACUUGCCUAUUGGAACUGGGGGUCGAAAAUUAUUUCCAAUCUUUUCCCUCAAUAUCCUUGACUGGACAAGAAGUACAGCUGACAGUUUGGAUGACACACUUGCAGCUGAAAAUCCAAAAGCGUUGAAUGAGGAAUCCAAUGAAGAAUCUAUUGAAGGAUCUAAUGAAGAAUCCAAUGAAGAAUCUAUUGAAGAAUCUAAUGAAGAAUCUGAUGAAGAAUCUAUUGAAGAAUCCAAUGAAGAAUCUAUUGAAGAAUCCAAUGAAGAAUCUAUUGAAGAAUCUAUAGAAGAAUCCAAUGAAGAAUCUAUAGAAGAAUCCAAUGAAGAAUCUAUAGAACAAUCUAAUGAAGAAUCUAAUGAAGAACCUAUUGAAGAAUCUAAUGAAGAAUCCAAUGACAAAUCCACUGAAGAAUCUAUCGAAGAAUCCAAUGAAGAAUCUAUUGAAGAAUCAAAUGAAGAAUCUAUAGAAGAAUCUAAUGAAGAAUCUAUAGAAGAAUCCAAUGAAGAAUCUAAUGAAGAAUCUAUUGAAAAAUCUAAUGAAGAAUCCAAUGACAAAUCCAAUGAAGAAUCUAUCGAUGAAUCCAAUGAAGAAUCUAUCGAAGAAUCCAAUGAAGAAUCUAUAGAAGAAUCCAAUGAAGAAUUCAAUGGAGAAUUCAAUGAAGAAUCUAUUGAAGAAUCCAAUGAAGAAUCCAAUGAAGAAUCUUAUGAAGAAUCCAAUGAAGCAUCCAAUGAGAAUCCAAUGAAGAAUCUAAUGAAGAAUUCAAUGAUGAAUCCAAUGAAGUAUCUUUCACACAACCUCCUAACAUUCAACCACCUUCUGAAGCUUCUCAUACUCGAACUCACUACCCUCAAACACACUACCUUCACAAAACCUACCACUUAA